AUGAGCAUCACCACCAAGAACUCCUCGUACCGCCGCAUGUUCGGCGGGGGCAGCCGCCCCAGCCCCAGCACCCGCUACAUCACGUCGAGCAGCCGCUACUCGCUGGGCAGCGCCCUGCGCCCCAGCAGCGCCCGCUACGUGUCCGCCUCGCCCGGCGGCGUGUUCGCCACGAAGACGACGUCGGUGCGGCUGCGGAGCAGCAUGCCGCCCAUGCGGCUCCACGACGCCGUGGACUUCACGCUGGCCGACGCCAUCAACACGGAGUUCAAGGCGAACCGCACCAACGAGAAGGUGGAGCUGCAGGAGCUCAACGACCGCUUCGCCAACUACAUCGACAAGGUGCGCUUCCUGGAGCAGCAGAACAAGAUCCUGCUGGCCGAGCUGGAGCAGCUCAAGGGCAAGGGCACGUCCCGCCUGGGCGAUCUCUACGAGGAGGAGAUGCGCGAGCUGCGCCGGCAGGUGGACCAGCUCACCAACGACAAGGCGCGCGUGGAGGUGGAGCGGGACAACCUCGCCGACGACAUCAUGCGGCUGCGGGAGACCGGGGGAUGCCGCGGCCGGGGGCAGGGCGGGAGCCUUUUGUUGAAAAAAGAUGUUGACAAUGCCUCCCUGGCACGUCUUGAUCUUGAGCGCAAAGUUGAGUCCCUGCAAGAAGAAAUCGUGUUCUUGAAGAAGCUUCAUGAUGAGGAAAUCCGAGAGCUGCAGGCCCAACUCCAGGAACAGCACAUCCAAAUCGAUAUGGAUGUUUCUAAGCCCGACCUUACUGCUGCCCUGCGUGAUGUUCGCCAGCAGUAUGAAAGCGUUGCUGCUAAGAAUCUUCAGGAAGCUGAAGAAUGGUACAAGUCCAAAUUUGCAGAUCUCUCCGAAGCUGCUAACAGGAACAACGAUGCCCUGCGCCAGGCCAAACAAGAAGCUAAUGAGUAUCGCAGACAGAUUCAGUCUCUCACCUGCGAAGUUGAUGCUCUUAAAGGAAGCAAUGAAUCCCUGGAGCGCCAGAUGCGUGAAAUGGAGGAGAAUUUUGCUGCUGAAGCUGCUAACUACCAAGACACUAUUGGCCGUCUGCAGGACGAGAUUCAAAACAUGAAGGAAGAAAUGGCUCGCCACCUUCGUGAGUACCAGGACCUGCUGAAUGUAAAGAUGGCUCUUGAUAUUGAGAUUGCCACCUACAGAAAACUGCUGGAGGGAGAAGAGAGCAGGAUUAACAUGCCCAUUCCAACUUUUGCUUCUCUGAACCUGAGAGAAACCAACAUUGAGUCUCAGCCAAUGGUUGACACUCACUCAAAGAGGACACUCCUAAUUAAGACCGUCGAAACUAGAGAUGGACAGGUUAUUAAUGAAACUUCCCAGCACCAUGAUGACUUGGAGUAGAACUGAAGUGAUGAUGAAUAAUUAAUGCAGGAGAACUUACCAGCAAGAUUUAAAAAGUCCAUGUCUUAAAGGAAGAAACAGCUUUCAAGUGCCUUUCUGCAGUUUUUCCAUGAGCGCAAGAUUAUUAUGCUAGGAAAUAGGUCUUAGAUCUUGCAAACUGACUCUCCCUGAAGGAUUAGAGUUUACAAUGGAGUCUAGUUUACAAAUAGCAAUAUCUUGUGCUGCAAUACUGUUUUUAAGUAUCUGAAUCCAAUAAAACUGCUUUUUCCAGCACAGUAUGAGCAACCUGUCGCUACUUCAAAUAAACCUUUGGAAAAUGGCUCUUGAUGUGUUCUAAUUUGUUACUCAAUGACUUUCUGCCAAGCCAUAGCAACUUCAGUCUGAAAUUAACUAUACAGCUGACAACUCCAGUACAGGUGCAUGGGAGCUUUAUGGGUUUUUCAUUUUUCACUAGACAAGAUGUUUCUUACCCAUUUCUUACUUGAGUUUGGAUCCAGCUAAAAUGAGCUAAAACUGGCAGAUAUGUAAUGUCUUAUUUCUUACUUGAAUAAAAGAAGAUUCUUCA